AUGAGUUUGAUGUGUGGGUGUGAUUCCAUUUGUGCAACACCCGAGGAUGUGGACAAAAUUAUGUACUUUUCAGAUUGUAUCUUUUCUAAGAAUAUAAAUGAAGGCAUUAGGAUGUAUCUAUCUAAAUUAUAUAUUCAAUUACACUCAGACAAAUCUAAAGUAAGCGAUGAGGGGCUCAAGUUGUUCAACAUUUUCUGCCAAAUAACAGUUAAGAUUGACGCAAUUUCCGCCAAGCAUGACGUUGAAAAUGAUUGCGAUAACAUCCCACAUGGGAUAGACACUUCUAAUGACGAAUGCAAUGAUAUAUUUGAAAUAAAAUGUAAUUUCCAAAUACCAAAUGACGUGCUAAUGAACAAGGAGACCAAACGUGAGUUGGCCGAGGACGAUCUUUCCGCCCUUUCUGGAUUUUAUCAAUCAAAUUACGCAAAAGUACACAUCACAUUUGAUAUAUUUACCACAUCGGUAACAUCUAAUUUCAAGGACCUAAUACUACUGUUCAAUUCACUUAUAAUGAACGGUAGGUUUGACGUUGUGGAAAUUUUUAUUACAGAAUUUCACAGAGCAAACGAGCACUCUAUUUGUAAAACUAUUAGCGACAAUUGGUUGGCACUGGUAAAUUCUUUUAUUCCAACAGCUAACACACAACAUAUCACCUACUGUAUCAAAUUUCUAUGCUCAACAGUUAAAUCAUGCAAUAAAGCACGCAUUUGUUUUUGUAAAUUCGUAAAAUGGGCUAUAGUGCGAUCUUGGGCCUUGAUUCGUGCCACAGGCGCUGGGUUUUCAAUAGUUCUGCUAUUUAUCAAGGAAAUGAUUGCACUUGUCGUCUCUCAACAAAUAAUUGAUAGUUGCGAAGAAAAAAAUUGUACAUUUGAUUAUGCCCACGGAAAAUUAGAAUCCAUAGCCGAAUUUAUCAAGCAAUAUAUAUAUUACAUAACCAAAGCUGGUGGGUAUAUCGAUAUAUUUGAAUACAUGGAGACACAAACAUGUACAAUUAUACAUAGAGUACUUAAGAGCGGUUACACUAGCUGUAGUAGAGAUCCAUUUGGGUGUAAAAACUGCGAGAAUGGAUUCAUUUAUGAGGCAGGAAGGUGUAAUAUCUGUUUUGACUGCGCCCAUACUGGUUUACGUACUAUUCACACCUUGCUGGAAUCAUUCUUAUCCUCCAAAGGAAUGGCUAGUUCUUUCGAGAUUGACAGCAAUAUUAGUAAAUAUUCACCCAUGUGGAUAUGCAUAAAUACCCAAAAUAUGGGAUCUUUGGUGACAUUUUCAAAGGGUUUUAACUGCGAUGCCAAAAUGAUAUUUUCAGAGCUUUUAUGCUUGGGAGAUGAUGUACCUUUUAUGUGCGAUUUAAUACUCGUGAUAUUAACAUACAGCCUGGACUGUGAAGAUGUUUAUAAUCUAGUUCUCAAGAUUGAAUCAAUUUACCAAAAGUUGCUGGUGAAGAGACACUCCAAUUGGCUACAGAAGGUUAUCCAUAUUCUGGAACUCAAGGGCGACAUUUCUCACAGAAAGUGUCUAUGCAAAGAGGUUAAAAAGGUUAUUGAAAGGCUUUCUAGAGACUGCGAUAUAUCACUCUUUCUUGCAAAUAAUUUGGAUAUGGAUGCAAAUUUAUGUAUUUCGGACAUAAGGAACAGCACACAAUUGGACGGAUUGUACAAGUUUGUGACAACGAUUGUCGCGAACAUUAAUUACUCGGGGCAUGAAAACGUAUCAAAUUUUAUCAAAAUAUUUUCCUCCAAAAUGGCAGUAUAUUCAAAUAUUGAAUAUACUUCACUUAUAACAUUAUUCAUAUUAUCUAUGCAUAUGGAUCAGGACUUUAAACCUGUCUAUACUUUGCUAGUGUUUGAACUUUGUGAAAAUUCCAAGUUUAUCGCAGAUUUUUUUUACUACAUUACUAAUCCCGGUAUAUUCGUAUUUAAAGAAGAUGUCAGAUCCAUUUCCGGUGCACCUAGCGAAUCACAAAAGUUUACAUUUUUCAAGUACCUGCUUGAUAACGUCAAUGAUUGUGAUCCAAGGAAUGCAAUAACCUGGACUUUAGACUUAAAAUCAUUGAAUGAAAAAACAAUUAACUAUAUUAGGCUGCAACACAGUCUGCUAUCAUCCCUAACAUCAAUAUGUGGGUGGAUGAGCUUUGAAAAGUACCCACACGUGCAUUAUUUGCUUAACAGGAUAACAGGGCUAAUUGAAGUGUAUGAUUUAGGUAAGAUUAGUGGGUUUGGGGAUACAGAAUGCCCCUGCAAGUUUGACUUCCCCGCCGAUAUAGAGGGUCUGUCACUUGAGGCACUGGUGGCGCUGAUAACUACUAUGCCUUAUUCACCCACAAUAGAUGGAAUACUUUGCAGGUUAGGCAUUGAUGAGCAGUGUUGUAAGGAUGUAAAAGGUCAAAUGCUAUCUGUAUCCAACGAUAUUGAGUAUUCUGUAAUGGACGACGAGACACCAGAGCACGUGAGCAGGUGCUUGGAAUUUUCGGGGGUGAAUCUGAAUAAUUUGGGCAGCACUGGCGAACCUAGUGUGGCGUUGAAAUUGGCUGAGAAAAUGUGGUUUCAAUGUGAGGUUAUUAGUGAGGAUUGUAUUUGGUGGGUUACCGGCGAGCCUGUGGAUUACAGUUUUAUCUGUGACGACAACCAAGUACUAAGUGAACUAAAGUGUACAAUUCAAGACUCGUUCACGUGUCACACCUAUCGCAACUUGUUUGACUCGGUGUUAAAUCCCAAAUCGCAUACUAAAAAUAUGGAUUGUUAUGAUAGAAAGUGUAUAAGAUUUUUGAGAGUUUGGUCUUACGAUCCCGAAUGGGCGUUCCUAACGUUGGUAAGCUCUAAGGACUGGAAAUAUGUCUUGAGGAAGCUGAUUAAAUAUAAGCCCUUUGUUGAAAAUCAACUGGGGGCGCUUUCUCAAUUUUUUUCGCUCUGUGAAAAGCACUUGAGUUUUGACGAUAUUAGGCAGUUGAAAAACGCCUUUGAUUUUUCUAAAAUUUUGCUUUCCAUCGAUGGCAAUUUGACUAGAAUCGUCAGUGAUGCCAAUUAUAGAAAAGAUAUUCUGAAUUCAAUGCCACUAGAUUUUAUACAGGCCUUCUAUUCGAGUCUUAUGAACAUUCACUACCCCUGUAACGAUACACAAAGUGAAGAUUUAUCGUGUGGAGAAAUCAACAAAUUUAUCGAUAUUAUUUACAAACAGAAUGAUUUGGGCGUGAAAAAUGGCAUGAUUUAUGAAUUGAGCCUUGAGUGCGCACAGGUUAUGCUCGACAACUUGAACUUGGAGCAGGUUUCGAACCCACUAGUUCGAAUGAGACUGCUUCUACACCCGGACAAGCUUAUCGUCAAGCUGGUGAAGUUGAAUAGAAAGUUGACACGUGGAAGCAACUUUAGAUUUUUAUGGUUCACCCUACGCAAGCUGCUGGCCCAGGCUCUCGAACUCUAUUCUACAAGCGUUGAUAUACACGGCUGCGAAUCUAUUCCGUACCUACACUUUUUACAGGCGCUGUUAUACAUUAUGCCUGAGUUUGACCUAUACCUGUUGCACAAGGCGAGUAUUGCAAGUGGUAGCAACAGAUGGGAUCCAGUCAAGCAGCACUUGGCUAUUGUUGCUAACAGGGUGUCAGUGUGUGCCAUAAAAUCGCUAUUGGAAAUAACUGACGAUAGUGUUAAAAAGCUGUUGGUUUGGUUGAAGUUGCCAAGUAUAUGA